GACGCGGACGGAGACGUUGAGACGACCGUGCCGCAGCCAGUGUUCGAGGUGGUUCAGCCUCCGAGCCUGAGUGCCUGGGACCAGGCGUCCCUAAUCUCCUGGGUGCGGCAGCGCCGCCAGUACGAAGCCAAGAUUCGCGGUUACUGGCGAGCAAAGCGAGCGGCUGACGUGACGGAUGAAGAUCUCGGCCUGGAGAUCACGCGGCGUUGCUCAGCGCUGCAAAACAGCCACAUCCCGGACAUGGACCAGCUUUUCAAGGACGAACUGAAGAUGGACCUUAAGAUUGAAGACACCGAAGCUCGUGUGGUGAAUUACUUCGUGCUGUUUGACAAGAUUGUGGAGGGCCAUGGUUUGGGUGGAAUCCUCGGUAGUGGACGCGAAAAUGAACCGAAUUACGACGAACGCAUGAAGUUGCGUUGCAAGUACCUGCUAAAGAACAUUGCGCCAGAGAUGUUGAGGCUGGAGAUGGAGCGCCUGGUCAUAGCCAAGCCGGUGCUCAAGAAGGACGAUAUUGCGCUCUACGAGGCCUUAUUGGAGCGCGCACGAGAGCAGCAGCACUACCAC